UCCAACAAAUGGAAAUUGCUGCAAUUAAAGCUGACACAACAUUCCUAACAAAAACAGGAUUCAAGAUUUAACAAAGGAAAUUUGGUUUAUUGCCGCAUUAUAUUAAUUGAUUAAAGACUUCAAUUAUUUUCUGGAUGGCGAUGAUUUAGCGGUGGAUAGAGAUAGUCCAUCACUCGUUUCCAAGAUCAAUUGAUAAAGAUUCUUGAAACACACGAUUUUCCUUCUUUUAUUUCCCCUUUUCCUAUUGGAUUUCUAUUGGGCUGGGGUUGAAAUUAGAAAAAAGGCAGUGGCAUUAGGGUUUUCUAUUCUUUCCUUCCCUCUUUGUGCGAAUAGGAGAUUUGUUUCGUUGCGAAAGCUGCGAUCUUUGUUGAUUUCUCCAUCUGGGCUGUAUCAAGCAUCGAUUUUUAUGAAUUUUGGAAUGAGUUGUGAAUUUGGGGCUAGAAUUGAAGUGAGGUCUCAUUAAUCAUGUGGUUUUUGAAGUGGAUUUUGUGAGAGAUAAGUGGUUUGGAUAAGUUUCCCUUCACAUUUGAGUAAGACACACUGAUUUUGGAUAUGUUCCACACCCAAGGAGCUCUGAAACACACCUGCAAUCUCCUCGCCGUCUUGUGUUCGGAGGCAGCAGAGAGUACGCGAAAUCAAGAUGUUUCGGAGGAGAGGAGGAGGUUCCCCUUCCCGGAAAUUGCAUCUUCGGGGCGUUUGGAGGUUCAAACGUUGAAGAAUCCGACACCAGAUGAGUUCCGCAAGUCUCUUGAUUCGUGGCAGCCAAAUCUCGUCUACUUGCAAGGGAAACAGCUGGAUAAUGAGGAAGUUGGGUCAAUCUCGUGGGGAGGGGUGGAGCUAUCCUCUCCCGAAGCUGUUUCCGGACUUUUUAGCUCCACAAUGCCGACUACUGUUUAUUUGGAGGUUCCACAUGGUGAACAGUUGGCCAGGUCUCUACAUUCAAAGGGCGUUGCUUAUGUAAUAUACUGGAAGAGCUCGUUUUCGUGCUAUGCAGCUAGCCAUUUUCGUAAUGCGUUAUUAUCCGUAAUACAUAGCUCAUCGUGCCAUACAUGGGAUGCAUUUCAACUAGCUGAUGCCUCCUUUCGGCUUUACUGUCUUCGCAAUAAUUGUGUCCUCCCUCAUGGCAUGGAGGUCGAUGAUGAGUUGGGCCCUAAUCUUUUCGGGGAGCCUCCUAGGAUCACUGUCGACGUUCCUAUGAUUGAGGAUGCAGCGGAAGAUGAAGAAAGUACUUCUGGUUCCCUUCCUGAGAUAAAGAUAUACGACGAUGAUGUCAAAAUGAGGUUUCUCGUCUGCGGAGUUGCUAACUCCUUGGAUGCUUCCUUGUUGAGUUCGUUGGAGGAUGGUUUGAAUGCCCUCCUCAGUAUCGAAAUGCGAGGGAGCAAACUCCACAAUCGGGUUAGUGCUCUUCCUCCACCCCUCCAAGCUGGCACAUUUUCUCGGGGUGUCGUGACAAUGCGAUGUGAUCUGUCAACGAGUAGUUCAGCUCACAUUUCUCUUUUGGUAUCGGGGAGUGCUCAGACAUGUUUUGACGAUCAGCUGUUGGAAAAUCAUAUAAAGAGUGAAAUCAUUGACAAGAGUGAGCUGAUCCACGCACUGCCGAAUUCUGAUGAAAACAAACCACCCACAUCCGAGCCUCGAAGGUCAGUCUCGGUAGCGUGUGGAGCAGCAGUAUUUGAAGUCUGUAUGAAGGUCCCGUCUUGGGCUUCACAGAUUUUGAGGCAACUAGCACCUGAUGUUUCGUAUCGUAAUUUAGUAGCCCUCGGAAUUGCCAGCAUCCAGGGAUUAGCAGUAGCUUCAUUCGAGAGAGAAGAUGCAGAACGACUCCUAUUUUUCUGUUCGAGGCUUGGGGAGAAUGGUAUCUCGAAUAAUCUAAAAAUCGGAAGCCCUCCUUCCUGGUUAAAGCCACCUCCUCCUAGUCGAAAGAGGCCCUCUAUUUGCCACGAACUAAACCCCAGCGUCGCAAACGGGACCUUCAUAAAAAAAGAAGAGAACGAACCUGUGUUAUCCAACGGAGUCACCGUCCCAAGUACGACUCAUAGACGAAGAAUCAAGAUAGCCGCCUUGAGGCCCAUCCCUCACGUUCGUCACCAAAAGAUGCUUCCGUUUUCUAGAAUUUCGGAGGCAGAUGUGCACAAUGGAGGCCCAGUGAAGGCUAACUUGCCUCCUCCUCCGCCAAAACAUAAUUCUGGGACGACACCAGCCUCCCACCGGAAAUCAACCUCAACUUCAUUAGCUAAGCAGGUCAUAUCUUUAAAUCCUCUCCCUCUAAAGAAGCACGGUUGUGGGAGAAGCCCGUUGCAUGUGUGCUCUGAGGAGGAGUUUCUCAAGGAUGUGAUGCAAUUCCUCAUCCUUCGAGGGCAUACUCGUCUCAUCCCUCAAGGGGGCAUUGCCGAGUUCCCAGAUGCCAUACUAAAUGCAAAGCGCCUCGACCUAUUUAACCUGUACCGGGAGGUUGUCACACGAGGGGGUUUCCACGUCGGGAACGGCAUUAACUGGAAAGGACAGGUUUUCUCAAAGAUGCGCAAUCACACGGUCACCAAUAGAAUGACUGGGGUUGGAAAUACGCUCAAACGCCACUAUGAAACUUACCUUUUAGAAUACGAAUUGGCUCACGACGAUGUGGAUGGCGAGUGCUGCUUAUUAUGCCACAGUAGCGCGCCGGGAGAUUGGGUCAACUGUGGUUUGUGUGGCGAGUGGGCGCAUUUCGGCUGCGACCAACGCCCCGGUUUGGGCGCCUUCAAAGAUUAUGCCAAGACAGAUGGACUGGAAUACAUAUGCCCACAAUGCAGUGUUUCAAAUUACAAGAAAAGGAUGAACAAAUCAGGAAAUGGAUAUUCUUGAGUCUUUCCAUAAUUCUUUAUGACCCCUCAUAUUUUGGGUUAUUACAUUCUACUCUAUUUUGUGUGGAGAAAAUGUGUUUUCGCCUCCCAUUUUACUGCAGAGAAGUAUCGGAGUUUGCAGAGAAGGCCCGCGGAAAGGGGUGAAAUGCAAAAUAUUGAAUACAUGGUGGGGAGGAAAAUGUAAUUUGGGGAAAAUUUUAGGUGGUAGGAAGUGCUCCCAAAGAGGAAAUUUGUGGGGGCUAAUUGGAUAUAAUAGCCAAAUUAGUUGCUUAAUUUGUAAUUAUAUGGUUUUUGAGCCAAGAUAUUUUGUAGCUUUUGUAGUUUUAUGGAAAAUGUUAUUUACCUAUC